GAGUUUCGUUUUUGACAGUUUUUUCUCCUAUCAACAGCAUUGGAAAAUUGGGCGUUUUCACGAGGGAAGAAAAUAUGGCCGCCGCGGCGAUUGCACUGUUACCAGCAAGACAAACAUUACCGGCGACCAUGAUGAACUUUACUCGCAGGCUGAAUGUCAAAUCCGGGAGCCCCGCCAUCUUUUCUGUUACCUCCUGCAGUUACUCUUCCUCCUCCUCCGAAUCCGCAUCAAGAAAGCAGCUGAUACUUUACUCCAAGCCUGGCUGCUGUUUGUGCGAUGGCCUCAAAGAAAAGCUUCAUUCCGCCUUCUCUCUUUCUUCUCCUUCACCUGAUUCCUACUCCCUCCAUGACGUCGAGUUGCAGAUUAGGGAUAUAACUAGCAAUCCUGAAUGGGAAAGAGCAUAUCAGUAUGAGAUCCCGGUCUUGGCAAGACUCCGUUCUGAUGGCACCGAGGAAAUAAUUCCUAGAUUUUCUCCUCGUGCUGCAGUCGACCACAUCCAAACGAAAUUGGCAGCUGCUUUGAGUAAAGACAAUUAGAUAGUAGAUGUUGUUAUGCUUCCAAGUUCCAUCUCAUUUUAUAAAAAUAAUGAGAAUACACAAAUGUCAAAAAUAUUGAUCACUCAUCAUAUUAUCAUCUUUUUAUCAACUCAUUGGUCGUAAUCAUACCAUAAAAUGACUUUUGUA